GACGGGAGAGAGGAGAGAGAAGGAGGUAGGGAGGAAGUAUAAGAACUUUUGCACGAGUGGCCACCUUAUACGGCGGCGACCCGGGCAUCUAAAUAUAAAGGUGGCCGCCGUUGCGACGCUCCUUUCUGUCUGAUGCGAAAGCGCGCAUCCGAGAGCGCGUCUCGAGAAUCUUUCCUUUCAACUUUUAUUACGCGCACUUAUACUUAUUUACUUAUUUAGACGCUAUAGAAAAAGAUAUCGCAAAAUGGCGAAAUCAAGAGAAUAAUAAUUUAUUCUCGGAGACAUCCAAUGAUGAAAGAAGCAACUGUCCGAGUUGUCUCGGUACUCUCCGGCUUUUGUAAAUUUUCGCGUGCAAUAUGAAAAAUUCACUCCUCUUUAGAUAAGGAUUGUUCAUUUGUUUCGUCUAUAGAUCUAAAUUACAAGCUCAAACUUUGAUAAGCUCGGAGCUCUCGAGGCUCAAAGUUCCUUUGGCUAACGAAGAGUUACAGCCCGGGAUCGGUGUACGCUUCUUAAACCUCAAGACGAGCGUAUAUUUAGACGUCGCCGAUCAUAGACACUGAAUGAACGACCUUUACGUUGCUCGAACUUUGCCAUUGGUUUGCUAACAAUCGCCUGUGCUUUAACCUGCGUUCCUACUCUAUAUAUGGUUGCGAGAUUACUCGAUUAGAAAAUAAAUAAAUAAAUGUCCAUCCAACGUGAUAAUAAGAAAAAUGCAUCGCUUUUUUCUCCUUCUUUUUUCUUUCAUUCUUCGUUCCAUUCUUAUCUUCUGACCGCUUUUAACAUCUCUCGUCGACUCGAAUAAGGUAUUAACAAUUCGAUCGUACGUAUCUUACGGUCGAUAAUGUCAGGUUUGCGUUUACAAAAAAGGACGCGUAGUAGCGAGAUUAAUGAAAACGUAUAUAUGUACAUAUAUAUAUAUAUAAUUGAAAACAAAUUUUCUUUUAAUUAAAAAAAUAAAUAAAAAAGUGAUAAAGGAAAAUCGAGGAAAGAAGGAAUAAGAAUGCGUGGCGGACGAAAUUUUGCGAGCAACGGAGAGGGGUGUCUUCGGGGUAGUACGACGGUAGUAACGAUGCCAGUUCUUCGCAAGCGAGUUGGGCUCGAACUCGAGCGUCGCGAGAGUGAGAGAAGCUACCAGCAGCCUGGCUCAUCUUGUAGUGUCUAGUUUAACGAGAUGACGGGCUCGUGGCUGAGACCCGCGUUUUUCGUGGGCCUGAGUUUUCUAGCCAUUGCCUUGCAGGGAGUGCAAUGCGAAGAAGAGCUAGAAUCGAUACCACCGGAAGACCUUUGCCGGCCUUACAUCGAGAAGGCACUCAAGGAUCUCGGCACAGGAUCUUUGGAGCAGACCAGUGCAGAGGCCGAUAAUGUCGACGACGAGGAGGGACGCGGAGAAGAAGCGUUGGCUGUCAGUGAGGAGGUCGAUGAGUCGAUAGAGAAGGAUGUUUCGAGAGCAGAUCGACCGGAGGACAUGGAAGAAACCGAUAACGUCGAAGAGGCAGAAGGAAAAGAAGAAAAGGAAGAUGUUUCUGGAGAGACCGAUGAGAUCGGUGUAGAAGAGAUUUCAGAAGGGGAAACUGAGGAUGAAUCGAUCGAAGCCUCUGACAAGGACGAUCAAACGGACGAAGCUCUUAAGGACGAGAGUAACGAGGAGAUAAAAGAAGACGAAAGCGAGGCGAAGGAAGAAAAAGAAGUAGCAGAAGAAGAAGAAGAAGAAGAAGAAAAAGAGGAAUCCGUUGAACCGAGAGAGGAAGAAAAGGAUCGAUCCAAGGAAGAAACGGGUAGCGAGGAAGAAGAGCAAAGGUCUGCCGAAGAAGAGGCGAUUCGAUUAGACGAUGACGACUUGACCGCGGUCACAGAGUCGUCCGAAGAAGGUGCAAAGGCCGACGAUAUAUCCGAGGAGGAGAUCCAAACGAGCGAUGCAAGUGCGUCUGUUAGCGAAAAUGAAAUCGAAGGGAAAGAGGAAAGUGCCGAAAAUUUAGAGACGUCGCAAAGGGAGAAAGAAGAGACAGACGACGAGAGUGAUCGAGAAGCCGAUGCUGACGAGGAAGAAAGUUCUUUGGAAGAUGACAAGGCGGAUGAAGCGACGCGAGACGAUGAAUUAUCGAAAGAAGCGAGCGAGGAAGCGAGCGAACCAAACGACGAUGAUAAAUCUGACAAUGAUAAGGACAAUGACAAACGCGACGCAGACGAUUACGAGGAAAAGGUCGAGAGAGUAGAGAAAGAAAGGCGUGAAAACGAGGAGGAAGACGGUCGAGCGAGCGAAGAAAAGGACGAGAUCGGGUUAGAGACAACGAUUAUAUCCGAAGAAGCGGUGGAAAAGGAAGAAGAAGAGAGCGAAGAGAAAAGUCCGAAAUGGCAAGGGGAAGAAGAGGGAGAAGGAGAGAAGGAAGGUACGUCUCGUAGCAGACGAGAAGCUUACGACGAUGAAAACGACGAAAGACCGUUAGAAACCCCUCCAGAGGAUAAAGGCGAAGAGGACGAAGAAGCAAAAGUUCAAAGCGAGGAAGAACCGAGCCCCGAGGAGGAUUUGAUUCGAGAAAUACAAGUGCCGGAAAAUCUUCGACCGCGCGAUCACAUCAACCAAUUGUUAAAAUUAGACGAGGAAAACGAGGAAAAGGAACGUGCCAUACAGAAAGUUUCCGACAUUGUCUUGAGAGAUUUGAAGAAGCUCUACGAUAACGCGAUUCAACCUUUAGAAACGCUCUACAAGUACAGAGAUCUCAGUAACAGACACUUUGGCGAUCCCGAGAUAUUUUCCAAACCACUGGUACUCUUCAUGGGUCCUUGGAGCGGUGGCAAAUCUUCCAUCAUCAAUUAUUUAUUGGACAUAGAGUAUACGACGACCGCGUUGCGGACAGGAGCCGAACCCUCUCCCGCAUAUUUCAACAUCCUAAUGUACGGCGAAGAAGAAGAGGUCCUAGAUGGUACGCAAUUGGCCGCCGAUUGGACUUUUUCUGGAUUACAAAAGUUUGGCCAAGGGAUGUUGGAUCGUCUUAGAGGGCUGCGCUUCGAUAAUAAGUUACUCGAGAAGGUCAAUAUCGUCGAGAUACCUGGCAUCUUAGAGAUACGCAAACAAGUUCAAAGAUUGUUUCCGUUCAACGACGCGUGCCAGUGGUUCAUCGACAGAGCAGACAUUAUUUUCCUAGUCUACGACCCCUCGAAAUUAGACGUUGGACCCGAAACAGAAGCGAUUUUGGAUCAACUUAAAGGCCGUGAAUAUCAAACACGAAUUAUUCUCAAUAAAGCUGAUCAAGUCAAACCGGAAGAACUUAUGAGAGUGCAAGGUGCACUCAUUUGGAAUAUAUCUCCGUUAAUGUCUAGCGCUGAACCACCGAUAAUGUAUUCCACCUCCCUAUGGUCUUUACCUUACGAAACUGGCGCACCUACCAGGCUACUGUACGCGCAAGAGCGCGCCUUCCUUCGAGAUUUGCGUUCUGCCAUUGACAAAAGAGUCGAACAUAAAAUAGCUAGCGCUAGGAGAUUUGCUGUUCGCGUACGAAAUCAUGCAAAGAUGGUAGAUUGCUACUUAACGACAUAUUAUAAUCAUAAAACCUUUUUCGGAAAUAAGAAAGAGAUUAGUGACAAGAUCGUUGAAAAUCCUCAAGAUUAUCAUAUUUACGAAGGCUUGAGCACUCUUACCAAUAUAUCACGUUAUGAUCUUCCCGAUCCAGACGUUUAUCGAGAUUUCUUUCGAUUAAAUCCUUUAUACGAUUUUCAGCUUUUAAGUUCAACUUGCACUUAUUUCCGCGGUUGUCCUAUAAAUAGACUUGACGUUGCUAUUGCAUAUGAUCUGCCAGAACUUGUUGGAAAAUAUAAGAAAUCUGUAGAAGUGGUGAUGCAUGAGAACGAGGCUAGUAGCCCAUCCAGUUGAGUACAAAUGCAUCUUCUAAAUGAAAUUCUUUCUACCAUGUAGAGUACAGAAUAAUGGCUUAUUUUCCUUUUACUCUACGUCCGAAUAGAUAAAAUGAUAAAUUAAGAUGAUUGUGCACAAAUACAGUAUUUUUCACAACGACAGGAGAAAUCUCCUCCCAUAAUUAUGAAUUUAACGACCUACUGCAACAAUUGGGAGUAGACUGUGCUCGAGCAUUGUGCUGGGAUAAAGUUGAGUCAUUGUAUGAAGUUAUAUACGAUCGAAAUGCACAUCACUGUACAUUCUCUAUAAAGAAAAUGGAUAACGAGAGAGAGAGAGAGAGAGAGAGAGAGAGAGAGAGAGAGAGAGAGAGAGAGAGAGAGAGAGAGAGAGAGAGAGAGAGAGAGAGAGAAUGAGAGAGAGAGAGAGAGAGAGAUAUUUUAAGCAAGCAUCGAUGCUGCAAACAAAUGUGUUUUCAAAGCCACAAGAUUCAUAAUUUAUGAAGAUAAUUUAUAAUUAUCCCAACAUAUUUUUCAUUUCGAUUUGUUUAGAGUGAUCUCAGCAGUUAAAUUACUAACUUGCGAAUAUCUCAAACAAUCUCCUCUUUUAAAAUUAUGCUUGCACCUGGAAGAUAAUGCGAGUGUUAUCAUUCCGAUAUAAAAUGAACAGUAAAAGUUUUCCUUGAAUGUGUUCUAACAUUAAAUUAUCCAUCAUCAGAUUAGCAGAUGCACAUUUCAUAAUUUCAACAAAUGUCCUAUCAACAAUUUAAAACAAGUAUAUAUACGUAGUGAAUUAAAUAAAAAGGCAGACGAUUUAACUUAAGAGUGCAUAGUACAGUGAAUGCAGUGAACUGUAUGCAUUAAAAAAAGGAAAAAAAAAAGAUACUAAACUAUGAGCAAUCUAUCUACUAAAAUUUGUUCAUAAUAUUUAAUAAAGAAUAUAAUUCAUUACAUAUAAAUAAUAAUAUUGAAAUAUUUCCAUUAUAAAAAAGAAAAGAAAAAAAAAAAAGAAAGAAGACAAAUAAAAACAAAAAACUAAGAACUAUCUUUUAUUCAAAUUUUAAUUGUAUAUCUUAUAUAAAAAAAAAAUUGUAUCUUAUUUAAAAAAAAAGAAAAAAGACACAGACAGACAGACAGACAGACAGACAGACAGACAGACAGAGAGAGAGAGAAAGAGAGAGAAAAGGAAAGCAAAAAAACCAAUGUCUGCAAUUAAAAACAAAAGAUAGCAUGUUACAUUUCCAUAUAUCUUCAUCUCAUUAUUUCAUAUUGCAUAGUUCUCAUAUUUUACAUAAUGCUAAAAUGAUUGUUAUUUAGUUUAUUUACAUAUUUUUCAUUGUAUGCAUUUUAUAUGUAAGAAAUCUAGAAUGAUUGAGAUACUGCUUCGAAAUUAAUGAUCGGUCGUUACCAUCUUUAUCCUUACCCAUUUGAUAAAUUUUAAGUCAUUUGUUGGUGUCAUAUUGACACAUAAUCAUACAAACCAUUGACUUAUUGUUAAUACAAAUUGUUGGUGUUGUUAUGAUAAUGAUUACGAUUAUGAUUAUGAUAAUGAUUAUGAUUAUGGUAAUGAUAAUAAUUAUUAUUGGUACUACUGCACUAUUACAUUAGAGAAACAGCAAUAGUAAUGGCAAUGGUAACAAUAACUACUACUACUACAAAUACCACUACUAUUGCAGCUACUAUUUGCAGUUACUACUGCUGAUACUAGUAGUACUAUUAUUGUCGUUAAUAUUAAUAUUACUGUUAUAUUAUUUCAGUUGUUGUUAUAGAUAUUACUGUUCCAUAUUAUAAGAUGCAUCAGAUAAAUUAGAUGACUUAUUUUGCAAAAAUAAAUAUUUAUUUCUAAACAUUCA